UCCAGCUCGACUAUGGAAGAGCAGAUGCGGACUGUUAAUAUUGUGCUCUUUGUGGAGAGAUUUCAUAGUAUCAGAUGCUGCACUGGCUGUUACGUUUAGUUAGAAUGGUUCUCCAACAGGUUGCUCAUAAUAUGGAUUCGAUGUGGUCAAGUAAACCAUAUGGUUCAUCUCGUAGUAUUGUCCGAAAGAUUGGGUCAAAUCUGCCUAUGCUACAAUCGCCAAGAGUUCACUUCCAGCUUAUUCCAUAUCCUGUACUUCAUGCUAGUCAGAAUGGUGUUGUGGUACCCUCUUUUGCUGAUGUGGGAUGGCUAGCUGAUGAGGAGGAGGGAGGAGAAGCAUUUACUAGGCUAAGGGCGCAGAAUCAUGUGCAUCACAAGUUAUCAUUCGAAGAUGAGUUGAGCCAUUAUGACAAACCACUCAGAAGACAGGUAUCCAUGCCCGCUCUUUUGAAAGAGGCACCAGAGGUGAGAUUGCAGCCAGCGGCCAAUGAAAACGCUUUGCAGAAGAUCGAUGCAUUGGAAAAUGAACUGGCUAACUUAAGAGCACAGAUUGCCAAGAUUGUUACUCUCCAAGAGCAGCAGAUUGUGACUGCAGGCUCAGUUGCAACACCUGUUUCACCUGGCGCUCCACCACCUCCGCCCCCUCCUCCUCCACCACUACCACCACCACCUUCUGCUGCUCUUCACAGAAGUAUAUCUGCCAUUGACCUCAUUAAAUUGAGAAAAAGCCAGAAGAACAAUGCAGGAACAGUGGUAGACGUUGCACCAAAGAAGCCAGACAUGCCAAACAUGUUGGAUGUUCUGAAAGACAUGAACAGAGUGAAGCUGCGCUCUGUGAAAAGAACACCUGAUGAGUUAAAGCCUAAGCCCAGUGACCCAGCUGACCCAGCAACUCUUAUUGCUGAAGCUUUAAAGAAGAAAUUUGCCUACAGAUAUCGAAGUGACAGCCAAGGGGAAUCCGACAAACCUUUUCCUAAAAUCGAGCCAAAGAAAGCUGCAGAAACACCAAUGUUUGGGCCUCACAUGCUGAAGUCAACCGGAAAAAUGAAGACCCUCGUUGAAUCUGCCAAUUCCUGAAAAACACGACAACAUCUUUUCCAAUGUCCUGACUUUU